ACGACCCAACAACUCUCCUCGCUAUUUGUCCUCUCUCUCUCUCUCUCUCUCUCUCUCUCUCUCUCUCGCGUUCCGACAUCGUCUUCUCCGUUUCCCUCUACGAAGCUUACCAAUCUCAGCAGAUUCAAAGUCCAAACCCUAGCCAUUCAUCGAAACCCUAACUAAAAUUCUAUAACCCUAAGAUUUAGAAACCCUCGCCGCACUCGCAGCGUCUGCAAUGUGAUUUUAUCCUAUGGAGGAAGACUCGGUUCCGGACCACAAGCUGUGCGGCUUCUUGCGCGCUGUUCUCUCGUUCAAUUCGACGGAAAGCGAUGAUGGAAUCGAUCCGUUCAAAGACCUCGGCUUUGGCGCGCUUUGUGUCAUCUUUGGGGACGGAUCAGAGGUCGGUUUCAGGGCCGAAAGCGGCGCGGUGUUGUCCCCAGUCGGUUGGAAGGGUGCGGGCAAAUGUGAUGGGGUGGAGGGAGAGAGUGGGGAGGGGAGGAAGAGUAUAGCGCCGAGGAAUUGGCGGAGGAGGAGUAUUGGGAUGGUGAAGGGGAGUGUGAGUGUGGUGCAUCAGCUUCACGCUCUGAUGUUGCAUAAGUGUUUGAGAAUUGUUGCUAGAAUCGUUGGGGUUGCGAAUGGUGAGAAUGGGGAAGUAAGAGUGGUGUUGCUGAUUGACGUUUAUCUCCCCAUCGCUCUGUGGUACGGUUGGCAGUUUCCAAAAUCUGGGUCGACCGCUGGUGCUCUAUUCAGGCAUUUAAGUUGCGACUGGAAAGAGAGAAGUUCACUGCUCGUUAGUAAUGGAGUGUGUUGCAGUUACGCUAAUGGAUCUAAUAAGAGCAUUUGGAAUAUUUCUGAUUGCCAUGUUCUUGAAUGUAAGCUUCACUGCAACACCUAUGGUUCUUCUAGUAAUAAGCUAUUUGAACUCCAUGAAAUUUUUAAGAGUCUACCUACCAUGGAAAAGAAGGGAAACCUUGAUUGUUCAAGAGUAAAACCAGAAGAUCCCUCUUGCAGAUCUGGCAUUUGGGUGGUGUCUGACGAUGUUUUGAUUAAUAUUCUCACUGCACUUGGUCCGACAGAUCUUGUCAGGGUGGCCACAACCUGUCGCCAUCUAAGAUCCUUGGCCGUGUCAAUUAUGCCAUGUAUGAAGCUUAAACUUUUUCCUCAUCAGCAGACAGCAGUUGAGUGGAUGUUACAGCGUGAGCGGACUGCUGAAGUUUUGCCACAUCCUUUGUACAUGGACUUUUUAACUGAAGAUGGGUUUGCCUUUUAUAUAAAUACUGUUUCUGGUGACAUAUUCACUGGCAUAGUUCCAACAAUUAGAGAUUUCCGUGGGGGAAUGUUUUGUGAUGAACCUGGUUUAGGUAAGACCAUUACUGCUCUCUCCCUUAUUCUAAAGACGCAAGGAGCAUUGGCUGACCCACCAGAUGGUGCAGAAGUUUUCUGGUGCAUGCAUAAUGCAGACCAGAAAUGUGGCUAUUAUGAGCUCAGUAGUCAUAAUGUCAACAGUGGUAACAUGUUUUUAGGGAAAAGGAUUUUGGGCCAGAAUGCUCGAAGGGGGCAGUUAUCUUUAGAUAAAUUUACUCCAGUGUCUAAAAGAUCCAGGUUAAUGGAUUUUGAUGGGAAUAUUGCAAGAUCUGCUGGUUCAUGUCCUGGUAAAAAGACUACAUCCUCAGCUCCACAAUCUAUGCCAGCAGCUGGUGUGGUUCGGUGUACCAGGGGCUUGAGUUGCAUCAAGAGAAAUCUUCUUUAUUCCUAUGAAGGAGCAUCUGGAUUUUCAAAAAGGAAGGUUAGCAAAAAAUUGACUAAUGGUUCAAUUGGCACAAGGCAUGCAUCUUUGGACAAGCGACUUGGUAUGCCAAUUGGAUCAUCACACAGUUGCAAGAAGGCCAAGAAGGAUGCUGCAGAUCAUACUGAAUAUAAUGAUACUUGGGUUCAGUGUGAUGCUUGUCGCAAAUGGCGGAAGCUUGCAGACACUGCUAUUGCAGAUGCUACUGGAGCAUGGUUUUGUAGUAUGAACACUGAUCCCUUGUAUCAGAGUUGUAGUGUUCCAGAAGAAUCUUGGGAUCGUCGACAGUCCAUUACAUACUUACCAGGAUUUUACACCAAAGGGACCUCUGGUGGAUUAGAGCAAAAUGUGUCUUUUUUCACCAGUGUGCUCAAGGAGCAUUAUGCACUGAUGGAUUCUGAAACAAAGAAGGCUUUAACUUGGUUGGCUAAACUUUCUCCCAACCAACUCUCAGAAAUGGAAACAGUUGGUUUGGUACGUCCUGUUUGGGACACUCGAAUAUUAUCUAGUGGAGAUGUGCAUGGGUUCCAUAGGAUAUUUCAAGCUUUUGGUCUCAUUGGAAGAGUUGAAAAGGGUGUUAGCAGAUGGUAUUAUCCUCAAACUCUUAACAACUUGGUCUUUGAUUUGCCUGCUCUUAGAAUCGCUCUCUGUGAGCCACUUGACACGUUCAGGUUGUAUUUGUCAAGAGCAACCCUGGUUGUUGUUCCUUCAAAUCUUGUUGAUCAUUGGAAAACUCAAAUUGAAAGGAAUGUUAGACCUGGCCAGUUGAGGAUUUUCUUAUGGAAUGAUUAUAGAAAGCCAAGUGCACACAAUUUAGCUUGGGACUAUGAUGUUGUUAUAACUACAUUUAAUCGUUUAAGUGUGGAGUGGGGACCCCGCAAGAGAAGUGUUCUGAUGCAAGUGCACUGGCUUAGAGUCAUCUUAGAUGAAGGGCACACCCUUGGCUCAAGUCUAGCCUUGACAAACAAAUUACAAAUGGCUGUCUCACUAACAGCUUCAUAUCGUUGGAUAUUAACUGGAACUCCCACUCCCAACACCCCCAAUAACCAACUGUCUCAACUUCAACCUAUGCUGAAGUUCCUUCGUGAGGAAGCUUAUGGUCUGAGUCAGAAGUCCUGGGAAGCUGGCAUUCUUAGGCCAUUUGAAGCAGAGAUGGAUGAAGGUCGGUCACGUUUGUUGCAGUUGCUUCACAGGUGCAUGAUUAGUGCUAGAAAGAUAGAUCUGCAAACAAUACCUCCAUGCAUCAAGAAAGUGACAUUCCUCAAUUUCACUGAAGAACAUGCAAAAACUUAUAAUGAAUUGGUAGUUACAGUGCGACGCAAUAUAUUAAUGGCUGACUGGAAUGAUCCUUCUCAUGUGGAGAGUCUACUGAAUCCAAAGCAGUGGAAGUUCCGGAGUACAACGAUUAGAAAUGUCAGACUAUCCUGCUGUGUAGCUGGACAUAUUAAGGUUACAGAUGCUGGCCAAGACAUUCAGGAAACAAUGGAUAUUCUAGUUGGAAAUGGUCUGGAUACUACUUCAGAAGAGUAUGCUUUUAUAAAAUAUAACCUUUUGUAUGGUGGUAGCUGUCUGAGAUGCAAAGAAUGGUGUCGUCUGCCAGUCAUUACACCAUGCAGGCAUCUUUUAUGCCUCGACUGUGUUGCUUUAGACAGUGAGAGGUGUACUUUCCCUGGUUGUGGUAAUUUAUAUGAGAUGCAGUCUCCUGAAAUAUUAACCCGUCCAGAAAACCCUAACCCAAAGUGGCCUGUGCCGAAAGAUCUUAUUGAGUUACAGCCUUCAUAUAAACAGGAUAACUGGGAUCCUGAUUGGCAAUCAACAUCUAGCAGCAAAGUCACUUAUGUUGUACAGAGAUUGAAAGGAUUGCAGGAUGCUAAUAGAGAGACUGUUUACUCCAUGGAUGAGAGCUGCGGUGGUAAACACAUUGAUGAGGUACUUUGUUCUUCUGAAGGAACCACAUCGAAUGUGUUGUUACAGCAGGCAAACUGCAGCAAGAUACCUGUGGAUAAAGUUCUAAUUUUUUCUCAAUUUCUGGAACAUAUACAUGUCAUUGAACAGCAGUUAACAAUUGCUGGUAUCAAAUUUGCUGGAAUGUAUAGUCCAAUGCAUUCUAGCAAAAAGAUGGAGUCCCUGGCUAUCUUCCAGCAUGAUGUGAGUUGUAUGGCUCUUUUGAUGGACGGAAGUGCAGCUCUAGGUCUUGAUUUGAGCUUUGUGACACAUGUAUUUUUAAUGGAGCCAAUUUGGGACAGAAGCAUGGAGGAACAAGUGAUUAGUAGAGCUCAUCGGAUGGGUGCUACUCGUCCUGUUCAUGUGGAAACUUUAGCAAUGCGUGGAACAAUUGAAGAGCAAAUGCUGAAAUUUUUACAGGACGCUGAUGCAUGUAGGAGAUGCUUGAAGAAAGAUUUUGUGAAACCUGACCAUGAAGGGGCACGCGUGCAUCGUACAUUACACGAUUUUGCAGAGAGCAAUUAUCUGGCUCAGCUGAGCUUUGUCCGGACUAGUUAAAACAUGUAAUGUUAUGUGAAAAUUCCAAUGUUUGUGGAAACUCAGCCAGAUAGGUGGAGAAGCUGUUCCUUGGGGAGGAUAUGCCUUUUGAGGUGAAACUUUAGUGCAUAUGUGCUGGCAUUGUGGCCUGGAAAAUUACUGUGAAUAUUUUUCUUUUUGGAUGUUUUUCUCCAUUUUGAAGGGUUAGAUCCCAACAGGGUGGAAGAGGGUAGUGAUUCAAAGGAACUGCUCAAAUCAUAUGAACUCCACAUUUAGGCAAAUAUUGGCAGCCUGCUUUAUACUGAACUCCCCUGGCUCCCAGUAUAUUCAUUGCUUGUAAGCUCAGGCUCUGGUUACGUGUAGAAAAUUUCUUGUAUCUGCAGUGAAGGCAUGCUAGCUGGGCAGGCAGAGCUAGAGCUAUGAAAUGAAUUUGCAUUCCAUCGAAAAAUAAUUUAUAUUUUUAGCAAGCGAUGCUUGUUUGAUUUAUGAAAA